UAAUACAUCAUGUCAUUAAAAAUAGUAAUAAUAAAAAAUGACACAAAUACCUUUAACCAAUAUGUUUGGAAAAUAAAAGAGGGGCAAAACUGACUUUGUACCAUUUGGUGCAAAGAUUAUGCUACAUAAUCCUUUACACCUCCUCACAUGGAGGGAGUCCCAUGCAUAAUAAAUUAUAUAAGAGCCCCCCCUCCAUGUGAGAGGGGUGUCACCGUAUGUGUACACGGAAAGUGUACAUAUAAUACAAUUCUUGGUGCAAAGUUUGGUGUCCCUUAGAGUGAGUUUGCACCGACAUUGGAGUUGAACUGAACAUCAUUGUGACGAAGUUAAGAAUUUAGAGAAUAUGUAAGUGGAGAAUUUUUGUAAUAAGCAUAUGGACUAGCGGUCAAUUUGGACAUUCUGCCCAUUAUUGGAGUACUGGUUAUGAAUUUAGAUUGACUACACGAAUCCUUUGUAGGAAAAUGCUGCUCGACCCGGGAUAAAAUCCCGGGCUUGGAACUAGGGGCCAAGGUGGCAAAAUCUCGGCCCCCGAUGUGAAUCGUGCAAGCCUCGUGUGAUUGAUUUUGGAAUAUCCAUAUUACUCGAUUCAAGUGUUUUGAGUGAUAGGCUCAAUUGGAGGAGAUUCGUAGUCUUCAUUACUAAUUUGGACUCAACUACAACCAUCUAAUCUGAAACAAUUCAGUGUUUUGAGUGAUAGGCUCAAUUGGAGGAGGUUCGUAGUCUUCAUUACUAAUUUGGACUCAACUGCAACCAUCUAAUCUGAAACAAUUCAGGAAGCCAUGGUGGAUAAGGUGUUAGAAUUGGGUGCACCGAUAUUCCAAAACAUUGUUGCACGGCUAUGCCCAAACUUGGAAGAAAAAAGGAAGACUCUUCAGAAAAAUAUACGAUUACUGAAAGGUCGAAAAGAUGAUGUUGAUGAAGAAUUACGUCAUUCUGGAAAAAAACGCAAGAGAGAGGUUGAAGAUUGGAGGAAUGAUGUUGAAAACAUUAUAAAACAGUUUGAAACCUUGGAACCAAUAAGCAGCAGAUUUUAUCAUGUUUUCAAACGACAAAAGUUGGCUGAACAGCUUGAAAGAAUGAUUGAGGAAGUGACGGUGCUCGUUGAACGAAGAAAUUUUCCUAGCGGACUUUUUCUGGAGGUUGAUGAGAGUAUUGACCGUUUAUUGUUAAUACCCCGACCGAAUGGCCAAGCAUUUCAACAAAAUUUUGAUGACAUUUGGACAUCAUUAAUGGAUGCCAACGUAGUAAGCAUUGGCAUUUAUGGAAUGGGGGGAGUAGGCAAGACGACUCUGGCAAGGCAUGUCCAUGAUAAGCUAAAAGAAUCCUUGCGUCAUGUUUAUUGGGUCACCGUCUCUCAAGAGUUCAGCAUUUACAAAUUGCAAACUGACAUUGCUCGUGAACUGAAUCCAGAUAUCACAUGUGAGAAUGAUGAGGGGAAAAUGGCAGCUAAACUCUUCCAGGAAUUCCAGAAGAAGAAGAGAUUUGUGCUUAUACUGGAUGAUGUUUGGGAACGUAUUGAUGCAGAGAAGAUAGGCAUUCCUUCUAAAAUGGAUGGAAGCAAGUUGGUCAUAACAAGUCGAUUAGAAAAAGUUUGUCAUCGUAUGUGCUGCAAAAAGAUUAUAAAAGUGAACACGCUUUCCAAGCAAGAAGCUUUGGACCUAUUCUUGAAGACGCUUGAUUGUGGUGAACCUUCUUUAGAAGUAAAGAUUUGCAAGAAAAUGGUAAAGAGAUGUGGUGGUUUGCCACUUGCAAUCAUCACAUUGGCUGGAAGCAUGACAGGCGUGAUUGACAUUCAUGAAUGGAAAGAUGCAUCGGAAGGGCUUAAAAAAUCGUGUUUGGGACGAGCCGACAUGAAAGAUGAGGUUUUGCCAAUUCUCUUGUACAGUUAUCAUCGGUUGAGAGAUAAAAGGCUAAAAAGUUGUUUUUUGAAUUGUUCUUUAUAUCCUGAAGAUUUUCGUAUUUCAAGAGAAGAAUUGAUUCAACAUUUCAUGUUAGAAGAGCUGAUGGAGCGAAGAUUAAGCUGGGAAGCUGAAUUCAACCAAGGUCAUGCAAUACUAAAUCAAUUGGUGAGAGCCUGCUUAUUGGAAACUGAUUCAGAUGGGAGGCUGAAGAUGCAUGAUUUAAUCAGAGAGAUGGCAAUAGGGAUCACUAAAGACAACCCCCCGAGGUACAUGGUAAAAGCUGGACUUCACUUAAAGGAAUUACCAGAGGAGCAAAAGUGGACAGAAGAUUUGGAUAAGGUUUCCUUGAUGGACAACUCUAUAGAGGAAAUUUCACCUGGCACGUCACCUAAGUGUCCAAGUCUUUCCACCUUGAUCUUGAGAGAAAAUCCUCUACGAUUGAUUGCAGAUUGUUUCUUUACGCAAAUGUGUGGGUUACGCACUCUCGAUUUAAGUGAAACUGAAAUUGAGAGCUUGCCAAAUUCCAUAUCAGACUUGGUGAAGCUUAAUGCAUUAGUGCUCUCAGGUUGUUUUCGACUGGUAUCAGUGCCAUCGUUGGAAAAGCUCAAGGAAUUGAGAUAUUUGGAGCUCUCAUUUACUAGUGUUGAAGAAGUACCCCAAGGUAUGGAAAGCUUAACCAACCUCAAGCGCUUAAGUUUGUUGUGUGAUAGACUAAAGAUGAUACCGACGGGGACUUUGCGUAGACUCACACAUCUUCAGCUGCUCGAGUGGCCAGAUCAUUUAGAUGUACUGAUGGAAGAAGUUGAGACAUUGAAACAGUUGCAAGUUUUAAGAUGCAGGUUAAAUAGCGUACGUGAUCUCAAUCGGUUAAUCAACUCACGACGAAAUUUCAAGCCACUCUAUUUCUACGAUAUUACAGUUGGUUCUCGAGAAAUGGUUAAACUAAGAAAGAGAAGUGGACCAUGUAAAUUUUUAUAUUUUGGAGAAAACGGUCUCAUGGAAUCCUCUUUAGACACAGAUAAGAAUAUGCUGCCGCAAGAUAUUGAGUAUUUGUGUUUUUGUAGCAGUGGCUUAAGUGGUUGCUUAUUGGAUGAAUUUCCAACUUUGAGCUCUGCUAGAGAUUUAAAAGAAUGCGGGAUAAUGGCGGAGGAUAAAAUAGAGUGCAUUACGAGGUUAGAGGAAGAACAACAAUCUAGAGGGGUCCCAUUCCAAAGCCUUAAAAGGUUGCAUCUGAUGGAAUUGCCAAAUUUAAUUGGUCUCUUCAAGUGGGAAGCAGUUGCUGCACCUCUUCCACGUGGAACAUUUUCCUGUCUCCGAUGGUUAGAUAUUUGUGGUUGUCAUAAAAUUAAGAAGGUUUUCCCUCAGAGUUUGGUACAUAAUUUCCAUAACCUCGAACACUUGGGUGUCGGGAACUGUGCACAAAUGGAGGAGAUAAUAGAAGAUGACAAAAAUGAAGGAGCUGAUAUCACAUUACCAAGGUUAAAGACCUUUUAUCUGGAGAAUCUGCCACAAGUAAAGAGCAUCUGUAAGGGAAAGAUGAUUUGUGAUUCCAUUGAGAGUGUUUCGUUGGGGGACAUUAAAAAUAUAAAAGAAUUCCCUUUAUAUUUACCGCUACUUGAUGGACAGCUAUCUCCUCCCUCACGUCUUGCAUCAAUCUAUGUAACUGGAGACAAAGAAUGGUGGGAAUCAUUGGAGUGGCCUCAACACAAUGCCAAAAAUGUUCUUCAACGCUUGGUUAGAUUCCAAAUCGACGGCACUCCUGGCAUGUAUUUUUGGAAUAAGGAGUGGAAUGCACAACUCAUUUGGAUGCUUCGGAGACAGGAGAGGGGGAAAGCCAAUGCUAAAGUUGUACUUUGAUGAACAUUUUAGACAUUUUAUCGCUGUCCAAAUGUGAUUGGGAACUGCUUUAUUUUCAUUUUCUAUGGGUAUCUGUAUUACAAAUCCUAGGUACACUAUUGCCUUUACUCUUAGGAUUUAGUUACAUAAUAUAUCAACUUAUGCUUUGGGAAACUCAUUUCGGAAUUUGUGUAAAAAGUUCAUUAAUUUAGCUAUAAAUUAUUCGGUUGUAUUACA